AUGUUAUUGAAUAAAAGUGGGGCUCGUAACGACCGGUUUUUCAAGAGUCGAAACGACGUGGAAUGUUCGCGUGAGUGCACGCAGAGAUACUCGGUCACACGUAUUUAUGUAUUCUUACGCGAAGAUGUCGGCGAUGCUAGUCAUUACACAUACAGCGUUUUUGCACUGCGUGUAACCAAUAUUUUAUCGAUAUCGGGCUUAAUUCAUCCGAUGACUAAUAUACCGGUAUAUCGAUAG